GAAGAUGGCGGCUGUAGAAGAGCGAGUGGAGAGGGGUACCGGAGCGCUAGAUUCCGAUUCUGUUUCACCCAGAUUAUCCACUCCUCCACCGGAUCAACCCCACCAGAACAACCCACUCUUGGGACUUCCCAUCGUGGCGAUCGAGACCAUUCUGAAUUUUUUGUCUUACGACGAAAUCAGUCUGCUGCGCUUGGUGUGCAAGCGGAUGGACAUGAUCUGCCAACGCAUGCUAAACCAGGGCUUCCUCAGGGUCGAGCGCUACCACAGCCUGUGUCAGAAGCAGGUGAAAGCCCAGCUGCCAAGGCGGGAGUCGGAGCGGAGGAACCACUCGCUGGCUCGUCACGCGGACAUCCUGGCUGCCGUGGAAACGCGCCUCUCCCUGCUCAACAUGACUUUUAUGAAAUACGUCGACUCCAACCUGUGCUGCUUCAUCCCGGGCAAGGUGAUCGACGAGAUCUACCGCGUGCUGCGCUACGUGAACUCCACGCGCGCGCCGCAGAGGGCCCACGAGGUCCUGCAGGAGCUGAGGGACAUUUCCUCCAUGGCCAUGGAGUACUUCGACGAGAAGAUCGUCCCCAUCCUCAAGAAGAAGCUCCCCGGGGCCGACCUCUCGGGACGCCUCAUUGGCUCCACUCCAGUGGCGGGCCCCUCCACCUCGCUGACCACCAUGUCCCUGCUGGCCAAGAACACGCCGUCGCGCUCGGAGAUGACCAAGGUGCAGCAGCAGGUGAAGGUGAACGGGGCGUCCAUGACGGCGAUGCGGCGGGAGAUGUCGGAGGUGCGGGUGAAGCAGCUGGAGCAGCAGAAGCAGCUGCAGGACCAGGAGCAGAAGCUGCUGGAGCAGACGCAGGUGAUCGGCGAGCAGAACGUCCGGCUGGCCGAACUGGAGCGCAAGCUGCGCGAACUGAUGGACAGCGCCGUGGGGGGCGGGGCCGGCGGGGGCCCCACCACUGGCUCCUCCUCCUCUUCCUCCGCCGCCGCCGCCGCCAGCGCUGUGGUUUCGGCCGGGGGGGCGGUGGGCACCGACAGCCCCCCCAGAAAACGCACAAGGAAGAGUUCGGACUCUCCGCGUCAGUCCAAGCGUCUUCGCAGCAAGAAGUAGAGGGUCUCUCCUCUACCUUUCGUUUUUUUUUUUUUUUUGUUCUCUCUCUCUGUUGUUAUGAAGCCCCACCCAUGCCCUGUGAUGUCGUCGUUUCCCCCCCCCCCCCUCUGUUUUGAAUGCCAUUGGGGGAGAGGAUAAGGAAAGGGAGGAGGGGGAGGGGCUCCACAUCAGCCUUUUCGCUUGUGUUGGGGUCACCGUCAUUGCGUAAUAUCACUCCGACACCCACUUACACACGUUCCCCCCUCUUAUACUUAAAUAUGCCCUGGCAUGCAGUUGGGCUUGUUGGGACUCAGCAAGUGGGAAACACUAAGAGAGUGUGAGGCAAGGGCGACUGUGUUCACGAGAGAGGAAGCUAAAAUGGCGUCACACACAAGGAGUCCUACACAGGCUGGGACACGCAAUUAGCCAAAGAGAAUCUUCUGUCUUGUCCAUCCAUGUAGCUGGCGCACUUCGAUGUGGGCAAUGCUCAGGUGGAUGGGCAGCCUAGGGGUUAAAGGUGGCAACAAAAAAAAUGAAUUAUCUUUAAGUGGCCACUGUCAUGCCAUGGUCAGGAGGCACUAGAAAAGCCACUCAGAAAUGAUCGUGUGUAAACGAAAAAAAAAAAAAAAAAAAAAAAAGAUUUCACUCCCUGAUCCACACCCCUAAAACCGCAUUUAUGUUUUUAAAUGUGUGAAGCAAUCAAAAUGCAUUCACUGGCACAAUUUUUUUUUUUUUUUUUACAUGUCAUAGUAUUGCUAUCAGCCAUGUAUAUAAACCCUCUUAUUGCAGAGGACUGAAUCCAGUGGAUCUUGUGCAAAUCAAAUCUUUUGUGUUUUUGGCAGAUAAUUUCUUAAUGAUUUGUUAUUAUUUGAAGCAGGGAGGCGGGGUUGCCCAGUGCCUGUCUGAGCAUGCUACUGUGCUAAACCUGCUACCUGCUGCUUAGACUCAAGUGUACAUGUGUAGUACGUGAGCACCACCCUGUUUGGCAAGCUGUUGUUAAAGUACCCUCUUAAUCCCUCAUACCUAGCAGGAAUGAUUUUACUUUCUUAACCAGGGAUUUGUUUUAUUAUUGGCUAGAACCUUUGCAUUAAAUUGUACUGGUUGUUGAAAAGGAUUUAUUUUUUAAUAAUGACUCCCCUAUAAGCUGGGUAUUAUUUUUUUUUGUUUGUUCGUUGAGCCACUUUCCCGCACAGUAAAUUGGCUUGUGACCAUUGUAUCAUGCAGGUAACAGAUGCUGACAUGAAAACUGAGAUGACGGGUUAUAUCAGUGGAUGGACACCGGACCAAUCAACCAGGUGUCAAAUAUUUCUAAAAACGAGUCUUUCCCCCAAGCUUUCUGUGGGUUCUUCCCCACAGAAAUUCCGUUCGUGAAGGGAGGUCAGAAAAAAGGGGGGGGUGUUUGGUAUUCAUCUUCAGAUGUGACAUGGGCGUUAAUUUAGCAGCAUAUUUGCUUGGAAAAGCCUGAAUAAAGUUGGUAGCAUGGUGUCCAUUCCUCAAACGCUAGCGUGGAAGUGGCCAGACAAAUUGUCUUUUCCUCCUAGAUUCUUAAAGCAUCUCGGAAGUGAUAUUAAUUUUUUUUUUGUCUUGGGCUAGAACAUGUCCAGUUAGAACAGUCUGUUGGAGCCCACACUCUCUAAUUUCAUUAAGGUGGUGUCUUUUGACCUGCUGCUUUGCCUUUAAUGCAAACUUGUGAGUUUUUUUUUUUUUUUUUUUUUUUGUAGGACACAGACUGGAAACUUUUCUCCAGAAUGGUCUGUCAUUUUUCCAUUUUGAUAAUAACAACGUGGUCUGACUCUUUCCUCAUACACCAUAAGAAUAAAUACAUUUAGUUCUCUUGAGGUCUGUUUGAAAUACAAAAGAAAAUACCACCAAGUCCUUGGAAAUAUUCUCGUGUCACAAUUGUAACAUAAUCAAAAUAUGCCAGAAUCAUGUACCUGCAUACAUGUGGUGAGCUUCUUAUUACUGGAAGAUCUAGUUACCACUGAACCAGUUUUCCUUCUGUCUUUAUGACCCCUGAUUUAUAUUACUAAUAACAGUCGUAAGCUAUUUGGUUUAACUUCAUAAAAAGGUCAGAGUUUAUUGCAGUUGAAAGGUUUCCUGACUGGAAUAUUGAUUUCUAGUCAGAUUUAUGGUGUCUUUAAGUCUGUCGUGUUAACGACCUUUGUCCCGUGUAAUCGAGAUUAUGUUGGAGAGGGGAAAAUGUCCCAAUAACCAGGGCAGAUGGGAAGUAUACCAUCCAACAGGAAGUACGUCAUCCCAUGACAGUUUUCUGCCAAGGUUUUGGGAGGUGGCAGAAUGCGAGGAGUUAAGUCACCAUUUGAUUUUGUAGAAAACUUUACAGAUUUACUUCUCCAUGAAUAACCAGAUGUAUUUCACACACUUCUUUAUUGCCUUGUAAGAUAUCUUGUGAAGUCAUCAUUAGAAGCAUUUCAUUAGCUAAGGAUGACAAGCCGCACAUGGUGAGAGAAACUCAAGACGGUUUCCCCUAAGAGUGAGGCAUGCUGGGAAUUGCAGUAAACCACGGAGACAUGCAAAAGGUCUCACUCACGCAUUAAGGUUAGCCUGGCCACUGUGGGCAGACACAGGAAUAUGUUAGCUUGUGGCUUCAUGCGAGUCUCCUGUUUAGAAAUUACUGUACUGUAAUCUUUAUGUAUUUCAGAGUUCAGAUUGUGGAUUAUUUCAUGUAUGUAAAACAAAAAUAAACUAAAUCUUGUA